AUCCACCUCCGCUCCGCAGCUAAAACAAAAUAGAAAACCCCAAUUCCCAUUUCUUGGAUUCAUCAAUUCAAUUCAAUCCAAUCCUCUUUUCAAGAAAUUCAGUCAGAUAAUGGCGGCCUUGGCACCGGGGAUUCUGUUGAAGCUCUUGGACGGCAUGGCGACCGGCCUGAAGGCGACGAGCGAGCACCGCAGCUCCCUCGUCCAGGUCACCGACAUCGUCCCCGCCGAUCUCGACGAGAAGAAUCUGCUCCCCAAGCACGGCUUCUACAUCAAGGUCUCCGACUCCUCGCACUCCAUCUACGUCAGCCUCCCCUUCGACCAAGGCGAUCUCGUCAUGAGCAACAAGAUGCAGCUGGGCCAGUUCAUCUACGUCGAUCGCCUCGACCCGGGCUCCCCGGUCCCCGUCGUCCGGGGCGCCAAGCCCCUCCCCGGCCGGCAUCCUCUCAUCGGCACGCCGGAGCCGCUCAUGGGGCUCAGCGCCAAGGGCCAGAGGAGCGCCGCCGCCGUCCCCAAAAGGGCUUCGUGGGAGACAGGGUCCAGCGGGAGCGACGAAUCGCCGCGCACUUUGAAGCCGGUGCCGCUUGAUUUUGAUCAGUGUACACCGCUCAAGGUCAGAGGGCGGGCGAUGAGGGAUGGGAGCGCCGUCAGAUCCUCGGCCGGCGGCGGGCUCCUUUCGAAGAUGAUGGAGUCGCCGAUGAUGCGGAAGAGCUGCGUCAUCACGCCCUCCAAGUUCUCUCGAAGCAAGAGUGUUUGCGACAGAGAGCAGCGGAUUUCCAAGACUCCCUUCACCAUAGCUGAGAAGAAGAGUUCCACUCCACCUCCAUCGUUGAGGAGUAAUGGGAUCCCCAUUGCACCUUCUCCCAAGAUGAUUGAAUCCUCGCACUCUCACAUUACUUCCAAUGAUGAUUCAAAUUCCAUCAACACAAGUAUUCACAUGAAUCUUCCUGGAAAGCUCAGCAUUCUUGGAAAGGAGGCCGUGCAGCAGCGAGAGACGGCGCAGAAGAUCGCACUUCAAGCGCUACGAGAUGCCUCAGCAACUGAGAAUCUCGUUCGCUCUCUCAAGAUAUUUUCAAACUUGACUAAAAAGGCAAAGGCAGAGUCCCCUGCAGCCUGUUUCGAUCAAUUCCUGGACUUCCACACCCAAAUUCAGCAAGUAGUGGCAGAGAUGACAUCCAUUCAAGCAGCAACGUCUUCUACCGAAUUAAGAGAAGAAGACACAGCAGUUUUGAAUGAGAUAGCACCCAACUCCAUGGAGCAUCAACCAAGCUCAGAGUCGGUCGCAUCCAAACGAAGGGCCGCGCUUCCCAAAUCCAUUGAACCAGCUUCUUCAAACAAGUCAGUAUUGGGGAAGCAUUUAAGGUCGAAAAAGGCAUCCGAAGCAGAGAACGACGAAAACAAGAAACCAGCGUCUUCUUGCAGCAUGUCCAGCUCCAUCAGACUUGGAAAGCAGAUCGAGAAUGAAGCGGGUAACUGGUUCAUGGAAUUCUUGGAGAAAGCAUUGGAGAAAGGCGGCCGAAAAGCCAAAGAAACAGAUGGUCAGAAAGUUCCUCAAUCUCUUAUAUUGAAAGUGAUAAACUGGGUGGAAGUGGAGCAGAGUGACCCAAACAAAAGGCCAGUGCACCCUAGAGCUUCAAUCAUAGCCAGAAAGCUCAGGAUUAGGAUGAAGAAUCCCUGAUUUUAGAUAAUAUCAGGCAUCAUUUGAUUGAUUUAUUAGUUGUGCAAAUACAGACAGUACGUUUGAUCAGAUUAUAAACUCCUCCAUAUGUUUACAUCUCUGUUUAAUCCCCCUAUAAAUAAUACUAGUACGUAAACAAAAAACUUGCACCAAAUCAGAACUCGGCAACAUCAGUUGAGCAAAAGGUGUGGACCGCUAGAGUACUAUGUUUCAGACUUGGGCUCCUUCAGCCCUUUUUAUUUUAUUUUAUUUGGGAUUUGUUUUCCAGCUCCUCAACGCAGGAGUAUGUUUCAUUAGAUUUCAUGGUAUUUAUUUAUGUUUCAUUA